AUGCGGAAUGACCGACGAUGCGGCUUCUCUGUGAUCACAGCCAGGGAUAUUGAUAAAAUCGGUGCUCAAGGCAUUAUUGAUUCGAUCAAAGAUCGUGUUGGAGAAAACCGGGUGUAUAUUAGCGUUGACAUUGAUGUGCUCGACCCGGCAUUCGCUCCUGCAACUGGAACUUCUGAACCUGGCGGAUGGAGCACUCGUGAACUGCUCACGGUUUUGGAUGGCCUGACGGGGCUGAAGGUCAUCGGUGGUGAUGUGGUCGAAGUGGCACCGGCUUAUGACAAUACCGGAAAGACGACCGUCCUGGCAGCCGCUGGGGUCGCCUUUUCGCUCCUGACUCUGAUGGUCCAAACUCCAGAUACAGAUUAA